AAGGAGGACGCCGCCGUGAGAUGUGCAGUCUGCAUUUUUUUCUUCCACUGUCGCCUCAAAAGAUACAAGUACUUCCGUCGGGUCACAACAUGUCUGUGAACAGUUUAAAUGAAGCUUUUCAGAAUAUGGGUUUAACUGAUAGAUCAGCAACUAUUUUCCUGGGAUAACGAAGAAAGUUAAGUGCGUAAUUAAUGUGAUCCCAAAUUAAACGUAUUUUGGAGGCCCGAGUGCGGGGGAAACAGGGCGCUGAAGAGGAAGCAGUAACCAGCCAUCUUUUUUCUGACAAUAACAAGAAAGAGAGAGGCUGAAAAGAGAGUGGAGAAGCAGUUGCAUGUUACUAUCCAUUUUCAUUGGGAAAGAAAUAAGAUCAACCAAACAUUUAAUUAAAUACAUAAGCGCAGACACAGCGAAGUUGUGGGGACAACUCUAAGCGUCAAGACCCAACGCCAAAACUAAAAAGGAGAACCUCUUAGGAUUAACAGACUGGUUAUUUGAUUUUGUAGUAUUUUUCAUGUUUCCAACAGGUUUAUCCUCCCCUAAUCCCCCACCACCAGCUCAGGAGGUCAGACCAGCAGCUUCUGAUGGUAGUAACAGCGGCAGCAAUAAUAGUAACAACAGUAAUUCCACGUGCAAGAAGAGAAAAAUAAACUGCACGGAUAAGGAAGAGUUCGACUCCGUCUCGACUUCUCCUCCGAAAGGUAUCAGCCACUCCACGAGCGGCUCCCCCGGCUCCCACCACAUCCAGAAGAAGUUACGUUUUGAGGACUCGUUGGAUUUCAUAGGACUGGAUGUGAAAAUGGCCGAGGAGUUCUCUACCACCACAGCAUCUUCGGCCCCCUCUUCAUCUUCCAGUAAGACUAAAAACCUCUUUCUGCCUGCUGGCGUUGGUCAUCAUGCAAACGGUUUGACCAAAACGACGGCGGCAGCCUCGUCCAGCUUCUCCAGUAGCAAACCCGGAGCUGCCAAGAAAUUAGUGAUCAAAAACUUCAAAGAAAAACCAAAGUUACCUGAGAAUUAUACUGAUGAGACUUGGCAGAAGCUUAAAGAGGCAGUGGAAGCAAUUCAGAACAGCACUUCAAUCAGAUAUAAUUUGGAAGAGCUUUAUCAGGCAGUUGAAAACCUGUGUUCCCACAAAAUUUCCGCAAAUCUUUACAAGCAGUUGAGAACAGUAUGUGAGGACCACAUAAAGGCACAGAUCCAUCAGUUCAGAGAGGAUGCAUUAGAUAGUGUACUAUUUCUUAAGAAGAUAGAUAAGUGUUGGCAAGAUCACUGCAGACAAAUGAUCAUGAUAAGAAGUAUAUUUUUGUUUUUGGAUCGGACUUAUGUUCUUCAGAACUCUAUGCUGCCAUCUAUUUGGGACAUGGGUUUGGAUUUGUUUAGAUUCUAUAUAAUUAGUGAUCAAAAAGUUCAGAAUAAAACGAUUGAUGGUAUUCUACUAUUAAUUGAGAGAGAACGAAAUGGUGAAGCCAUUGACCGAAGCUUGCUACGAAGCCUCCUAAGUAUGCUCUCAGAUUUACAAAUAUACCAGGAUUCAUUUGAACAUCGUUUCCUAGAAGAAACCAACCGUCUAUAUGCAGCUGAAGGUCAAAGGCUUAUGCAGGAACGAGAGGUUCCAGAAUAUUUACAUCAUGUAAAUAAACGUUUAGAAGAAGAAGCUGAUAGAGUAAUUACAUAUUUAGAUCAGAGCACACAGAAGCCUCUCAUAGCAACAGUAGAAAAACAGCUAUUAGGAGAGCACCUUACAGCCACUUUGCAAAAAGGUUUGAACCACCUUCUUGAUGAGAACAGAAUUCAAGACUUAUCACUUUUAUACCAACUGUUUAGCAGAGUACGAGGUGGAGUGCAAGUACUUCUCCAGCACUGGAUAGAGUACAUAAAGGCAUUUGGAAGUACAAUUGUAAUUAAUCCUGAGAAGGAUAAGACCAUGGUCCAAGAAUUGCUGGAUUUCAAGGACAAAGUUGAUCAUAUCAUUGAUGUCUGCUUUCUAAAGAAUGAAAAAUUUGUAAAUGCUAUGAAGGAAGCUUUUGAAACCUUUAUUAAUAAAAGACCCAAUAAGCCAGCAGAACUAAUUGCAAAGUAUGUUGAUUCCAAGCUCCGUGCUGGUAACAAAGAAGCAACUGAUGAAGAGUUAGAAAAAAUGUUGGAUAAGAUCAUGAUCAUAUUUAGAUUUAUUUAUGGUAAAGAUGUAUUUGAAGCAUUUUACAAAAAAGAUUUAGCGAAGAGGUUGCUGGUUGGCAAGAGUGCUUCUGUAGAUGCAGAAAAAUCAAUGUUGUCAAAACUUAAACAUGAAUGUGGAGCUGCUUUCACAAGCAAACUUGAAGGAAUGUUUAAAGAUAUGGAGCUUUCUAAAGACAUAAUGGUUCAAUUUAAACAAUACAUGCAAUGUCAAAAUGUCCCUGGUAAUAUUGAGCUGACAGUAAACAUCCUUACAAUGGGCUACUGGCCAACAUAUGUGCCUAUGGAAGUGCAUCUACCUCCUGAGAUGGUAAAGCUUCAAGAAAUAUUUAAGACGUUUUACUUGGGAAAACACAGUGGUAGAAAACUUCAGUGGCAAUCAACACUAGGGCAUUGUGUGCUAAAAGCUGAGUUUAAGGAGGGUAAAAAGGAGCUUCAGGUGUCAUUAUUCCAAACAUUGGUGCUACUCAUGUUUAAUGAAGGUGAAGAAUUUAGUUUGGAUGAAAUAAAGCAGGCUACAGGAAUAGAGGAUGGUGAGCUAAGGAGAACUCUACAGUCUCUGGCCUGUGGCAAGGCCAGAGUUCUGUCAAAAACCCCAAAAAGUAAAGACGUUGAAGAUGGAGACAAGUUCACCUGCAAUGAUGACUUCAAACAUAAACUCUUCAGGAUAAAGAUCAAUCAGAUUCAAAUGAGAGAAACGGUAGAAGAGCAAGCCAGUACUACAGAGCGAGUAUUCCAAGACAGGCAGUAUCAGAUUGAUGCAGCUAUUGUCCGAAUAAUGAAAAUGAGGAAGACCCUCAGUCAUAAUCUGUUAGUUUCAGAGGUCUACAAUCAGCUGAAAUUCCCAGUUAAGCCUGCUGACUUGAAGAAAAGAAUAGAGUCACUAAUUGACAGGGACUAUAUGGAGCGAGACAAAGAAAACCCCAAUCAAUAUAAUUAUGUGGCAUAAAAAGUCGCAUUGCAUUGGCUGCUCUGAGCACUUCGUCUCAUAUCCAGACCUUCAGUGGAUGUUCCUCUUGCACAGCUGAAUCCAGCAACUAACAGCUGAUUGAAGUGACCUCAUGGAAGAAGAGCAUAACUGUAAGAUGUACCCUUGACUGCUUGCCCAUGAACUGAAUAAUGUACACUUUCAUGAAAGCUGAUAAUUGUGAGUCAAAGUUGCCUCUAAAACAAGCAAGCAAAACCAAGGGGGUCUGGCUUAAAUAAUUAUGUUGAAUUCUUAUUUUAAUACAGUUUUGUUUAUUUUAUUUAUUUUUUUCUGAUCUCCCACAUUUUUUGAUCUACAAGACAGGUGGGUCUUAUAAGAGGGCUGUUCAGAUUUGUGUGCAUUUUAAUAUAAAUAUAAA